AUCGCUGUUUCAAUUUGCAUCCCAUUGUUACCAAAAGUUCCCUGCUUUUUUGUUUUUCGGACGUUGUUCCAAAUCUGGAUUUCAUAACAAAAGUUUGUUUCUUUAAUUGUUAAUAUAUAUUCACCGCAACCCAUUUGAAUCUCUGAUAGAACAAACAUAUCAAAAUCAUUUUUUUUCCCUUGAUUUUCUCUCUAACCAAACACCAGAGAGAAAAGGGGUGUGUGUGGCAAAUGGGGGCGUACAGAGCUGAUGACGAUUACGAUUAUCUAUUCAAGGUGGUGUUGAUUGGGGACUCUGGUGUGGGAAAAUCCAACCUUUUAUCGAGGUUCACAAAAAAUGAAUUCAGCCUUGAAUCCAAGUCCACCAUUGGAGUUGAGUUUGCAACCAGAAGCAUUCAUGUAGAUGAUAAGGUUGUCAAGGCUCAGAUUUGGGACACUGCUGGCCAGGAGAGGUACCGAGCAAUUACAAGUGCAUACUAUCGAGGAGCUGUUGGUGCUUUACUAGUCUAUGAUGUUACCCGGCAUGUUACAUUUGAAAAUGUUGAGAGAUGGUUGAAAGAGCUGAGAGAUCACACAGAUGCCAACAUAGUGGUGAUGCUUGUUGGGAACAAAGCAGACUUGCGUCAUUUGAGAGCAGUUUCAACCGAAGAUGCUACAACAUUUGCUGAAAGAGAGAAUACUUUUUUCAUGGAAACAUCAGCCCUUGAGUCCAUGAACGUUGAAAAUUCCUUCACAGAAGUGCUGACACAAAUAUAUCGUGUUGUAAGCAAGAAGGCCCUUGAAAUUGGUGAUGAUCCAGCAGCUUUACCAAAAGGACAGACAAUUAAUGUUGGGUCUCGUGAUGAUGUAUCAGCUGUGAAGAAAGCUGGAUGUUGUUCUUCUUGAGGAUUCAGUAAAAAUCUAUGUACUUUUACUUUAAAACUUUGUCUUGUUUAUAUCCAUGUAGAGAUCAGCCUUACAGCAUGAAAAUGAUUGUCUACAUAGCAUCACUCUAAACUUUCUGCUUUGGACUGUAGAGAAGAUCUGUUCAAUAUUAAACAAAUGUUUAGGAAACACGAUGCACUUUCAUUUUGUUUGGUUCCUAUUUUGUUGUGUCUCAUGAAGGUAUUCAUUUAUCUAAUUUCAGACUUACUAAAUGUUUUCCUAGGCU